AUGUCACCAACCAAGAAAUCCGACGCCUGUGCUGCAAAGCCAAAGCCUCCUAUCAAGAAGGUCAAAGUUGUCAACAGAGGCUCAGAGAUCAAGCAAAUGACAGCCACCGCCGAAGCAGCUCGGAAAUCCGCAAUAUCCUCCAAGCAGCCUUCCAGUCUUAAUCUGAUUCCACAACAAUCUUCUGGCUCAACUCACAUCGCACAAAGUUCUGGUCGAAUACUCAUCGGAAAGAAUGCGGCCAGCAGGAUAAGACAGCGCAAUAAUGUGGUUGGCAAGACUGAAGCUCCGAUCUCUCAGCCUAAGACUAAGAAGAUUGCAACUGAGAAAAAGGAUGGGGUAUAUAACACUUCCUCACAGCGCAAGUCUGCGUUAUCUCGCCCGGCUAGAUCUGGGUUACCUAUACUCGAUAUCGAUAAAGUUGCUACAGAAGCGGCGACAACCAAACGGCCUGCUCCUUCCCAAAACAUUACACUCCAGCGUAUGGCCAAUAAAGCAGUCCGUUCCCUUAAAGAGCCGGUGUCCGUGCCGAGGACUCACAAGCCUUCUAACGCACCCACCGCCUGCUCAACAGAAAACGUCAGGGCUGCAGAGUCAACCAAGAACGACAAACUGCAAACAGUUGACACAGACAGCCAGGCGCAAACAAAGACACAGAGUUCGGGAAGUAGAUUAUCCUCUCCGGAAGAUGAUGAUGUUGGUGGUGGUGUCAGGCCUGGGUCACGCGCCAGCAGUGAAGACAAAUUCCUGGGCAAGGAAAAGGGGGUCGAGGACAAGCGAAGCGAGAAGCGCAAGCAUGAAUAUGUUGAGGCUGAAGAUAAACCGAAUAAGAAGGUCCAUCUUUCAGGGCAGUGA